CGAAAGCAUAUAUUUCAAGCUUCGCCAUACUGACAAUUCAAAGCUCUAGCAAAACAAAAACCCCGUUUUCUUUCAGUCAGCAUUUCAUGCCUCAUUUUGAAAAUGGUAGGAAUCAGUGCACUGAAUUGUGUCCUUUUGGGGAAAACAGGAGUGGGGAAAAGUGCAGCAGGAAACACAAUACUGGGAAAAGAAGCUUUCAAAUCAAAGAAAAGCUUAAAAUCUGCAACUAAAGAUGUAGCUGUUGCAUCUGAGACCAUUUGUGGACAACAGAUCACUGUUUAUGACACACCUGGAUUAUUUGACCCUGAUCUGUCUGAAGAUGAAAUUCUACAAAAAUGGCAGAAGGUUCUGCAGAAAUGUGAAUUAGCCCCCUGUGCAUAUCUCCUGGUGAUCAAAGCUGACAGAUUCACUAAAGAAGAGAAAGAAACUGUGGAAAAGAUUGAGGAGGUCUUGGGACAAAACCGCUUGGAUAAAACCUGGAUUCUCUUCACCAGAGGAGACGAACUUGAGGAAGAAAACAUGACAAUAAAAGAAUUCCUUGAUGAGACUGAACCACUGAAGAAACUCGUUCAGAAAUACAAUCAGAGAUACUGUGUGUUCAACAACAAGAAGAAAGGACAUUUUGAACAAGUCAAAAAACUGCUUCGUUUUAUCAAUUUACGUUUCAGUCCGGGAUUCAAAACACGGAAGAGGAAAAUAUUAAAAACUGUUGAACCAGACACUCCUGCUGCUGUCAGUCCCUCAUCCAGACGCAUUGUUCUUCUGGGUAAAACUGGUGUUGGGAAGAGUGCAGCUGGAAACACAAUACUGGGAAAGAGAGAGUUCAAAUCUGUGGUGAGAAUGAAUGCAGUAACCAGUGAAUGUUCAGAUAAACACGACACUGUUUCAGGCAGAUCUGUGUCUGUAGUUGAUACUCCUGGAUUCUUUGACACAAAGAUGAAACCGGAAGAGUUAUUGAAAGAGAUAGGGAGAAGUGUUUAUUUAUCCAGUCCUGGACCGCACGCUUUUCUCAUUGUGUUCAGAGCAAAUGACAGAUUCACUGAACAGGAGCUGCAGAUUCCUCAGAUGAUUGAGACAUUGUUUGGUCAUGAGGUGUUAAAAUACUCCAUUGUUCUCUUCACUCAUGGAGAUCAGCUAGAAGGAGAGACAGUAGAGAAACUCAUGGAGGAGAACAGUGCUUUAAGGGAUCUAGUUCAGCAGUGUGGAGGCAGAUAUCACGUCUUCGACAAUAAAGAUAAGAAUAACAGAGAUCAGGUGAAUUAUCUGCUGAAGAAGAUUGACACAAUGAUAAAGCAGAAUGGAGGAGGGAACUACAGUAAUGAGAUGUAUGAAGAUGCUCAGAGAUUUAGGAGUGAUAAAUCAGGGAAUGGACUUUGUGCAUUUCUGUCCAAGUACUGGCCUCAUAUUUUAAUAGGAGCAGUUUUGGUGGGACUGGUUGCUGCUACUGGUGGAGCUCUUGCUGUUCACUGUGGGUGUAUAACCAUCAUUACUAUAACUGAAAGUGCUGCUAUAGGUGCUGCUGUAGGUGCUUUGGUUGGUGGUAGUUGUACAGCUGCUGUUUGCAAAUGUAAGCAUUAACAUUUAAUCUAAUGAUGACCUUAAUGUUAUACUGAUAUUAUCAUGAAUAAUUUGUAUAAUAUGAUUGAUUAUGUCUGGUUGUUAAAUCAGGAAAAUGUCUGGGCUGCAUGAAUCUUUAAUCUUCUCAAACAAUUUUUGAUUAAUUGAUCUUUUGACUCAUAAUUUGAUAUGUGUAGAGUAUCUCCGGUUGAUUUGGCGAAUGUAUAGAAUACUUAAAUAAUACUUUAAUUAUUAAUUAAUAAUACUUUAUUAUUAAUACUUAAAUUAAUAAUAAUAAAACCUAAUAAUUAUUAAUAUGGGGUUGGACCAGAUAAACUUUACAUAUUUAAAUAAAUCUCCCAAAAAGAGAUGAUAUAACUAUGUUUUACAGACAGGUUCAAAUGAGCUCAAUUGUAUAUCAGUACUCAAUCAAAACGGAGUCUAAUAAAAUUCUAAAAUAUCAAUUAGGUCUUUCAAAUAUCAACUCUAAGGAUAGUCCCUGAUGUGGAAUUAAUUUGUGAUCUGAUAAUCCGUUUGUUCCGCAAACUGAUCAUGCGAUCUUAAUCAAUUCUCACAGAAACGAUCUAUCUCAGAGACUCACAGGGAAGGCAAAUUCGGGCCAUGAAUAAAAACCUUCCUGUUUUACAAAGAUAGCCUCCUAGUUAAUAUUUUUUAAAGCUUGUGGUUUUGGAUCACAACAUCAAAGGGACUUGUACAUGAGCAAGAGACAAUUAAAUGAAUAUAAGGUAUUUAAUAACAUAAGCACUACAUAUACAGUUACUAGCAUAACGUUACAUGGAUAGAGGUAUAUACAAACAGAUAACAGGCAAAACACGGUAGGAGAUUUAAAAUGUAAGCAACAGUGUGUGUAAGAGAGAGAGAGAGAAGAGAAGAUCCAUUUGAAUCACAGUUGGCUAAAAUUCACCUGGACAGUUUAAACCUUUAAGACAACAUGGGAAAAAACACAAUUUUAAUGCUCUGAAAGCUCGAUAGAGGAAUAUACUUGCAUAAAAUGGUUCUCUUUAUGUUGCUGAAUAAGGCUGAGCAGGGUGACAGGCCUCGUCUCGGGUGUGUGUUGCGUCCAAGCGUCACAUGGUUUGGCAGAUGGUUCGGAGCGUGGACUUCCAAAGAAAGUUUAAAGGUCUUUGACGUUAAUAAGAAACAAUUCAGGCUAAGUUAAUUUACUCGUCUGUGGUUUUAAUUCAGUCCGCUAUGAAAGUGUCAAUGAAGCCAUUAGGAACAGACUUCCUGGAGCUCGCUGGUAAGUUACUAGCAUGGAAGUUAAAGGUUAAAAGCUUUCCAACUGUGGAUUUGAGUGAGCCCCCAACUGACACGGUCCAGAGACCCCGAAUAUUUGAGAUAGAGGGUUUAGUGUAAAGUUCACAUAAAUGGAAAAAUCUGACAUUCAACCUUUUUUACUUGUUCAAGAAAUGCAUUGUAUUGCAACUCGAGACACUGAUCACUGUAAAUUACUGUAAAUUCUUAUUUUUCUGCAUCAGUUUGCAAAAAAUAUACUGAUCACUGGCACUAUUUGCUGAGAAUUAAACUGAACUGAACUAAGAAAUCACUUCUUAUACCAAACUAAAUUAAUCAACUGAUGAUAUUCUCAAAUGAACUGAACUGACUAAGCUGAAUGAUGAUAAUAUUUUCCUUUUAAAGCAGAAUUGGACUGUUUGCAUUAGUGAUUUUUUUUUCCCUGUUUUUCACUGUAAAUCUGCAUUGAAACAAUCUGUUUCUUCAGAGAUUUAAUGUCUUAUCUUCAGUUGAUUUCAUCUAAGGAUGUGACUGAAGUCAGUUGUUGUUCUUGUGUUUUUCUUUUUUUCUGUUCUUGUUGUUUUACUUUCCUUUAGUGAUUCUGCUUGUUUUAUCAGUUAUCCAAUAAUGCUCAAUCAUCACUUUAUUGUAUUUGUGGACAUCAGGUUAAACUUUAUUUACCUUUAAGAAAGAAGGCAUGUUGUUUUAGUGGUCUGAAUGUCUGUAUUUUUAAGGAAAUUGAGCAGUUUUAUAGAAAAAUAGUGUGAUCAUUGUUCAAUUUUAUUGCAUUUUCUAAUAAUUUCCCAACUUAAAA